AUGAUUUACCCUUUUUGCCCUCGAUUUGCCCUACGCUACGAUGAGCCAGUAUUUGCACAUAAUGGUAAUGCUAAUACUGAAACCCCUCAAUACCCCAACACAUGGAUUGUGAUCAUGACGUCAAGAGAUCUGCCCCUCAAUGGUGUGAAACCCUUUGAAAUGUGUGGCAAACAAUGUGUGGCAUUCAGGGGUGGAUCGGGUGCUGUCCACGUGUUGUCCGCCUAUUGUCCACAUUUGGGCGCAAAUCUCGGUGUCGGCGGACAUGUGGUGACUGAGUCAGAGUCGGGCGACGACUGUAUUCAGUGUCCAUUCCAUGGCUGGAGGUUUGGCGGAGACGGACAGUGCAAACGCAUACCUAAUAUCAACGAGUCUGAGUUAAAUACAGUGAAAGCUGUGGUAAAGAAAUGGCAGACAAUAGAGAAGAAUGAAGUGAUAUAUGUUUGGCACCACUCGGAGGAUAAGGACCCCAAUCACUACCCCAAGGAUUUUCUCGGAAAAAACUAUCACAAUCUAGCAUCGGAACUCUGUGUUGUGAAUAGAUUGGGUCCAAGGCUUUUGGUUCAUAACAAAGACAUAUUCACAACAUAG